AUGGCCUCACUCAACAUCGCACAACUCUUUAGCGUCAAAGGCCAUGUCGCAAUUGUCACAGGGGCCACCAGUGGACUGGGUUUUAUGAUCAGCAAGGGUCUCGUGGUGAAUGGGGCCAGACUCUAUGUGGUGGCCCUCCCCUCGGAGCCUAUCCAAGAAAAGGUGGCCGAGCUUAACGAACUUGGUCAAUCCUCGGGAGGAGUUGCAUUCGGGCAACGUAAUAUCCAAGAGCUUGCAGACUACAUUAACCAUCGGGAGAGCCACCUCGACAUUCUCGUCUCGAAUGCCGGUAUCCGAAGAGACCCCCCGGUCCAGUGUGAUGUGCUGACAGCGCCUCUUUCGGAGUUACAGGCGUCCAUGUGGUCGUCGGUAGACACAGACUGGGCCGACACGUUUUCUGUCAACACCACAGCGCAUUACUUUCUCUCCGUAGCUCUAAUGCCGUUGCUCUCUGCUGCAUCGCAACUCUACCUAGGCAACAACCAGCUCGGAAGAAGCCAAGGCCGCGGUGUCAUUAUCAUGACGAGUUCCUGUGCCAGCAUGCACAACGCUACAAAUGUAGACCUGACGAGCUACGCCACCAGCAAAGCAGCCACUGACCAUCUAGUCAGGCUGCUGGCAGCAAAGUUCAGCAGGUUCUAUGUACGAGUCACGGGAAUCAACCCAGGAUUCGUUCCGAGCAACAUGAACCCUGUCGGACAAGAAGGAAACAUGUUCAGCGCAUUGUUUGACCAGGUCCCCGCAAAACGGGCAGGGAAUGAAGAGGAUAUUGCUGGCGCGGUGCUCUAUCUCGCCAGCCGAGCUGGGUCAUAUGUUGAUGGAGUUUCGCUGUGUGUCGAUGGGGGACGCAUUCUGCUGGCUAAUGGUCAAAAGUAG